AUGGUCUACUCUCCUGGUCCUCUAUCACCCACUGCGGCCGACCGCAGUGUCGGUUUGCACACCAGAGGCAGAUCGCUGAGUCCACCGCCACCACCUGGCAGCAGCAAUGCACCCCAGCAAUCCAAGCGCGACAAAAGACGCACACAGCUACAAGAUCGUCUACACGAUUUGACUGUCACUUUUAGCCAGAACCGUGACAGUCAAUUCCGACAGCAACUCCAUGCUCUGCAGUGUGACAUGACCUUGAUCAAUAAUGCGGACCCCUACGUGACCGGCCCAUUGCCUGACUCGGCUGAGGACAUUGCGCAGUUGAUUGAAACUACUGUUGGUGGUGGGAAGUUUGGGAAGGAAAUGGCUACUAUCUCGGGGAGCUGGUACUCGCGCUUUGUGCAGGAGAUCAAUGAGGUCAAAGAAGACCGUGAUGUGGAAUUGGUUGCUGUCAUGAGCCGCCACCGUGAAGCUGUCGGACGCUACAAACACGAAUUCGCAUGGCGACAACAUUUUGCGCGGGAGGAAUACAAGCUUUUAUCGGGAACUUUGCGGGAGCGAUUGGUCCAGAAGGUGUCGGCAAAUAAGACACGCCUCACGCGCGAGAAAGAACAGAUGGAUAUAUCAGACACAAACGCCCUGCUGCUUCAUCCUAAUCAGUUUACCAUUACGAACCCUGCUAGCCCCGGUGGCAUCCACGGGAACCGCAAGACUCGUCAUACGAGACAUCGGAUUGGAAUAGACGAUUUUGGCAACGGCAUCGGCUUAGAGUCAAAUAAAAGAAAACGCAAAGCUGCCGACGAUGAUAUUGGGUCUCCCGGUCGUGACGGACUGUCGACUCCUGCAGAACGGGCAAAAGCGAUGGCGGAGAAACAGCAGACCGACAAGACGUACAGUAUCAAUUCCCUUUUCACCGACAAGGAGCUCGCUCUUCACGCAAACCAAGCCCAUAUUGCUACGGCACACUUUUUCUCUACGUCCAGGAACCAGGAAGGCGUUGGCACUGCGAUGAACGGCAACAAUAGCGACGCCGACGAUGGUGAUAGUGCUGCCCCCGGUGAUGAUGCAGGAACUCCUACGGACAUGGCACGCACGGCGAGCCAGAACUACCACGCGACUCGGUCGACACGCAACCAAGGCAACGUCGGGCUUAAUGUUCUGGCGGAGCUGUCUGACAAGCCAGCCACGCGACCGAACCUGCCAUACCAUAUCCUCGCUAACCAUAAUUCUCGCUCCAACCAAAGUGCACCGCCACUGAACCCGUUGAUGAACGACGAAAUCGAAGACGACAUAUCUCGCAUGGACCGCUUACAGACCAAACCGCAUGGCUGGAUUGACAAGGGCCUUAUCGACACCUUGACCGAGCCCGCCCUGGACGAGGUAGAGGGCGUUCCGGCAAAUGCAGAUCGAUUCAGUCUGCUGCACGCAGACUUUCCAGUUGAUAUGGGCAUCAAGUGGUAUUCGGUCAGUGGGAGCGGUAGAAAUACCAGCAGCUACGAAAUGUUCCCGCAGACGAAUGGCGGCAAGCGGCGGUAG